CUUGAUUUUGCUGCACGGAAUUGGGUUGCGGAUAUUCAGGCAUCGGCUUAUUGUGGCCAAGGCAUUUUUGUGGAUCACCCGGUCGUUCUUGAUUGCAGUUGUUGAGGAACAUCAUGUUGAGGAGACUCGUGAGAUAUUGGGUCGCGGGGUCAAGUACAGAAACGGAAAAGUCCGAAUCUACGACGGAGACGGUGGCGAUGGAGACAUCUAUACUGGAGAGUCCACCUCUACAAGAGCGGCAAGUUCGAGCGCCCUCGCCCCGAUGGGCAAGAUCUCCCCCGCAUAACCAAAGCACAGAUCAUAGUGGCAGUCCAACCCGCGAUUACGGCUCUAGUGUGGUACAUAAUAGCAAUGCAAGUCUAUUUGAGCUUGGGAAUCGGCAUAGCGGUUCUCCAGCACCUCAACCCAGAUCCAAUACCCAGGUGUAUAACACUCCAGUUCGAGCAACACCAAAGGUCGCUUCGCGACACCAUACACCGAAUAACGCCCCAGAAACACCUAACCGUCCGUCCCCCUGGGAGCUUAAAGUCAUGGAAGAAUUGAGGCCAGAAGACGGUUGGAUCACCAGUGCCAGUCGUCGGCUAGGUAUCCGACCAACAAUGAAACCAGGAACUCCAAAACGUAUCCCCAUCGACAGUCUUACUCGGGAUGAGAGUACGGUAGCAGGUUCUAAACGUGCCAUUGACGAUGUAGACCGAGAAGAGCGCCAUCAAGAUCCAAAAUCGUCACCUACACCUGCUAAGCGUCGUCAGGUGGAAACCGUUCAGUACAGCCCAUCUGUCCAGUUAUCACCAGUUACGCGCAACGGCUCUCCCCGUGCAAAGACACCACGCUCCCGUAUCAAGCUGAAAUCCAGCCGGCCGAAUGCAAACAAUAACCUAAGAUGGCUCAUUUCCCGCAUGCCACCUGUAGAUCACAACAAAACACAUGAAGUGGCGCAGCAGAUCAUGGAGAAUUCGGAGAGAGCAUACAAAGAGCAGGAGGAAGCGAAACGAGAAGCAGAGAGAUUGGCAGAAGAAGCCAGGCGGUUGGAAGAACAGCGAAAGGCUGAUGAGGAACGGAAGAAGCGAGAAGAGGAAGAGCGGAAAAGACAGGAACAGCAGAGACGGCUGGAGGAACAGAAAAAAUUGGAGGAACAACGAAAGUUGGAAGAAGAGAGAAAGGCUGAGCAGCAACGUAAGGCCGCUGAGGAACAACGAAAGUUGGAAGAAGAGAGAAAGGCUGAGCAGCAACGUAAGGCCGCUGAGGAACAACGAAAGAUGGAGGAACAACGGAAAGCGGAGGAACUUAAACGUCAACAGGAAGCCGAGAGACAGAAGUUAGAGGCCAAAAAUGCUAGUGGUGAGGUGCAGCAGACAGCCAGAGACAUCCAGUCAAACGGGUCCGCACCUGCCGCGGCACCUUUCACUGGAGGCCAAGCUCAAGGUACGACUGCCGUGGCUGGGACAACCGCUGCUGCACCGGCUUCCUUUACUUUCGGCGGAAGCAGCCUGCCAGGUCCCACACCAGCCACGAGUGCGGCCAGCUCAUUGUUUGGAAGCACUUCUGGUACAGCGACUUCCGCCCCGACAACGACCGCUCCGGCGUUUUCAUUUACCGCAGCGCCUGCUUCGACCGAAGCACCAACCGCUUCCACAUCGGCGACGACUAUUAGCAUUCCCGCUUUCGGAGGCGCUCCUGCCGUCACGUCAGCAGCUCCUCCGGCCUCUGCCGCCCCAACCUCGUUUUCAUUUGGAGGUGCACCUCCUGUGGCAACCUCUGCUCCCUCAACGUCUACUCCAGCCGGAACGCCUUUCUCAUUUGGAGGUACAGGAAAUCCUCCCACGACCACUGCCCCCACUCUCUCCUUUGCCCCCUCUGCUGGCGUUACAGCACCCACCACGACAACGACUUCAACUCCUUCAUUCUCGUUUACGGGUAGUAGCACAUCAGUUGCGAAAUCGAGUGCGCCGGCAUUUGCAGGCUUUGGAGGGAGCACACAAACAACGGUGUCUACUCCUACACCUGGUGCACCGUCAUUUGGCCACUUGGGCGGUAAAACCGACGCUACUGCUGCGGCUAACCCCGCGGCGUCUACCCCUUCGGGCACUACCUUCGGCGGCUUUGGAGCGACGUCUCAGAUUCCCGCGGCGGCUUCACCGGUCCCUUCCACACCGGGUUUUGCAGGGUUUGGAGGAAAACCGGAGGGUUCGGCGACCACUGCCCCUACCUCCGCGGCACCUACUUUUGGCGGGUUUGGUGCUAAGCCACAGACGUCCGCCUCUGCCCCUACAUCAGCGGCGCCUGCUUUUGGCGGAUUCGGAACGCAAGUCGCCGCACCAACUCCUGCACCUACGACACCCGCCUUUGGUGGCUUUGGCGCAAAUACUACCGUCACACCGCAGUCGUCAGCACCGGCAUUUGGCGGCUUCGGCACCAAUUCCUCAACCGCAGCGUCUACACCGACUACGCCUGCCCCCGCCUUUGGCGUCGGCAGCGGUGCACAACCAUCCUUUGCGUUUGGAGCGACCGGACAAACUGCCCCAAAUCCCACUGCACCGGCUCCGAGUACGCCCUCUGCACCAUUCAGCUCAGCCAUUGGGGGAGCCAAUCAAUCAAACUUUGGCGGACAAAGUACUUUUAAGUUUGGUGGUGGCGCUCCCGCUGCAUCUCCUGCACCUCAGAAUCCGUCUGCCGGACCACCGUCAACGCCUUCCUUUGGUACGCCUCAGGCGGGUAGAGCAGGUGGAUUUGGCUUUUCGUUUGGAGGUACUCCUGGCUCAAAUGCUGGCGGGGGUACACCUCAAGCAGGUGGUUUCCAGUUCAGCUUUGGAGCCGGCGGACAACCGGCACAACAACCACAACCGCAACAACAACAACAACAACAACAAGCGACAACACCAACGGGCUCCUCUUUUACCUUUGGAGCUGCGGCCCCUCCCCAGAACGGAUUCAGCUUUGGAGCUUCCCAACCUGGGGCAUUGUUUUCGAUGGGUGCUGGGGGAACACAGGCGAAUACACAGGGCGGAUCGGCUGGGCGAAAGAUUAAGGCACCCAGAACUGUCAGGAGGAAAUAGGAGACGAAUUAAUCUGACUGGUGUGCAGUUUAGAUUAGUGAGACGAGAGGAUUAGUAAAAUUGGGUUGCAAACACUUCUGUCGGUUCUAAUUAUAUCAUACCCAUCGCAUUUUGUCCUCUGUGGUAUGCCUUGACACC